UUGAGUCUGGGGCCGAGUCCCGAGCACCGUCGUUUCUGUGCGUGUGUGUGUGUGAUGGGGGCUUGGUCCCAGCUCAUGCUCACAUCCAUUUCUCGCUCUCUAUAAUAAGACAAACGGAUGACGGAUGAGUGCUGGUUAGAAUUAGCUUUACAGCUCGGCGCAGGGAUAAAGGUCAGGCCAAAAGCAGGUCUGUGACCCCUGAAGAAUCCCUCAAGCAUUCGGGACCACACUGCAUGGGUGCAAACGCAGCCACGAUCCGACCAGGAUCACCAGCUCCUGAUAUCGAUUCUCUUAAAAGUCAUUUUUCUUCGUGGACUAUCGUUUAUUUAUGCUUUGAUUCACCCUUGCUUGUGCGUCGCUCUCUUAUUGGCUAAGUUACCUUUUGUUAGCCCUUGUGCCUGUUGAAGCUGAGUCAGUUUCCUGUUUUAUUUUGAAAUGAAUUCCCUCUUUUCCCAUCUCUUGUUUUCUUACGUACUCUGCAUAAAGGUCUGAUAUUAUGUGAGUCGAUUGUGAAAAAAAUACACUGUAUACACUAUACUCUGUUUAAACUAAGUGUGUAGUAUACAUCUAGAGCGCUGCAGCACUCUUUUGUUCCCGUUCUCUCUCUCUCUCUCAAACACACAGUCACAGUCAGACUGACAGCAGAAUCCUUGCUCGUCAAAAAUGCGACGCCCGGUAUACAACGUGACUCAACAUGCUCUUCUGCAUUUUUGUUUACCUUUGGAAUGUCUGCUGACGACAGGUAGACCUGCUUGACUUACGUCUGACGUGGCUACAAAACUUUUCAAAAAUACGGUAUUGUUCAUUUUGACCAAUGCAGUCUAUUGGCAGAGGUGCGUCUUUGAGAACAUUUCCAUGCAGGGUUUUGUUUAAAAAGUUGAACCAUGGUAUGGUUUCAAGAAAAGGAGGUACAGCAGUCACUGCACUGGGACCGAGCUCCACUCCUGCAACACGCUCCUGCAGCACCGCGAAGGCCAGGUAUGGGGAGGCCCACUACCGCGUGGUGGACCUCCGCAGCGACGCAGCCACCAAGCCUGGGCCUGCGAUGUGCCAGGCCAUGGUAGAGGCCGCGGUCAGGGGUGACCUGAUUGAGGAUGACCAGACAGUCAAUGAGCUACAGGAAAUGGCAGCCGAUAUGUUUGGGAUGGAGGCGGCGCUGUUUGUCCCCACUGGAACCAUGGGUAACCUCAUCGCAGUGAUGGUGCACUGCCGGGAGCGGGGCGACGAGAUGAUUGUGGGGGAUCUGUCCCACUUGCACAUCUAUGAGCAAGGAGGAAGUGCACAGCUGGCCGGUGUCCACACGACCACGGUGACCACCCUCCCCGAUGGAACGUUUGACUUGGAGCAGCUGGAAUCGAAGAUCCGCCACAAUCCCCACAAUCCCUGCUUCACCUGCUCACGCCUCAUAUGUCUGGAGAACACGCACAACAUACAGGGAGGACGCGUGCUGCCUCUGACCUUCUUGCAGGAGGUUCGCGCUCUAGCAGAUAGAUACGGUCUGUCGGUCCACAUGGACGGAGCCCGGGUGAUGAACGCUGCGGUGGCCCAGGGCGUGUCUCUGCACACCAUACUGCAGCACACACACAGCGUCAGUGCGUGCCUUAACAAGGGUCUGGGUGCACCUGUGGGCGCCGUGCUGGCUGGACCCCGAGACUUCAUCAGCCGGGCGGUGCGGUGUCGUAAAGCUCUGGGUGGGCUGAUACACCAGGCUGGUAUACUAGCAGCAGCUGGAAAACAUUCUUUACUGGAUAUGGGAGGAAGCAUGGAGGAAGAUCACCGCAAUGCAAGAACCUUUGCCCAAUCUCUGCUCGACUGUGACACUCUGUUCGCCGUUGACACGGCGGCGGUGGAGUCAAACAUUGUGCGCUUUUAUCUAAAGGAGCCCAGUUUGAGUCCCACUGAGUUUGUUGCCCGCAUGGGUCAGGUCGGCGAGGGGGAGGAGGCGGCAUUGGGACAAGGGAUACAAGUUCUCCUGUACCCUUUUUUUGGAAAAUUUGUGAGGGCCGUGUGGCAUUAUGGGAUAUCACUCGAAGACACGCAGCUGGCCACGCAGAAGAUGCAAUUUGUUGCUUCUCAGUACUUGCAGAAAAAAGCAAGGGCCCAGUGACACCUAAUGUUUGCCACGGUCAUGGUGUGUUGUCUCAUCCAUGCGUGAAACACAUUUUCAAAGAGGGGCGCUGCACAGUUUAAAUGAGGGCAUGAUUAUGUAUGUGCAUGUGCGCACGUGCCUUACUUCCUGUUGACAAUCUGACCGCCAUAAUCUAAUGAAAUUUUUAAACAUCUUCAAAAUGAGGAAAACAAUACAAGAUAGCACUACAAAUAUUCAACAUCAAGACAUGAUUCAUAGAAAGAAUACACUACAUUAUUACAUUUUUGUUAUUUUGUAAUCUUCCCCGACCUCUUUUUUUAACUAUCAACCUAAACUAUGAAAUUCCAUAUACAAAGAUAAGAGAGAUUCAAGCUCCAUGAACAUUUUUAACUAACAUUCCUUCUGCCAUUUUUUUAUUCUUAUAUUUUGCAUGUUUUAUUGUUAUUAUGACUUAUCUGUGGUAUCAUAUUCUAACUAACAUUGCUUGGUAUCCUUGCACAGGAUUUGGACUUUUUAUUUUAUUUUUUAAUCCUUUAGUUUCUGCACUUUUUUGUAAACUACUUGGGCUCACACCCCUGCAUGAAACGUGCCAUGAAUAAAGUAUUGUUAUUGUUGUGA